GAGGGCCGGGGGCGGGGCAGCGGCGGCGGCGGCUCCGGCAGCUGUGGCUGUAAGGAGGGCGGGCACUGAAGGGGCCGGGCCGGGCCGGGGCGGGAAGAGGAGACCCGGGGCCUCCCUCCCUCCCUCCCUGUGCCACGGCCACCCAGGAUGUUCUCCUCCCGGAGGAAGGCGUCCCAGCUCCCCUGGGGGGAUAGUAGGUCUUUCCUGCCCCGAAAGUACAGUGUGUUCCAGCUAUUCUUUGCGUGCUUGUUCCUGGCCUUCCUCUCCUUGCUCUGGCUGCAGCUCAGCUGCUCUGGUGACAUGAAUCAGUCAGGGCAGGGGCAGGACCUCAUAAGCUCUCCAAAGGCUUGCCCUGUGGAGCCUCCAAUCUCUCCAGAGGAGGAUGCUUCUUGGGGGACCCACCGCCUUGCAGUGCUGGUGCCAUUUCGCGAGCGUUUUGAGGAGCUUCUUGUCUUUGUGCCCCAUAUGCAUCACUUCCUAAACAAGAAGAAGAUCCGGCAUCACAUCUAUGUGCUCAACCAAGUGGAUCACUUCAGGUUUAACCGGGCCUCGCUGAUCAAUGUGGGCUUCCUGGAGAGCGGUAACAGCACUGACUACUUAGCCAUGCAUGACGUGGACCUGCUGCCCCUCAAUGAGGAGCUCGACUACAGCUUUCCUGAGGCAGGACCCUUCCAUGUUGCCUCCCCAGAGCUGCACCCCCUCUACCACUACAAGACCUACGUGGGAGGCAUUCUGCUUCUUACCAAGCAGCAUUAUCAGUUGUGCAACGGGAUGUCCAAUCGCUUCUGGGGCUGGGGCCGGGAAGAUGACGAGUUUUACCGGCGAAUUAAAGGAGCUGGUCUCCAGCUUUUCCGUCCUUCGGGAAUCAAAACUGGAUAUAAAACAUUUCGCCACCUACAUGACCCUGCCUGGCGGAAGAGAGAUCAGAAACGCAUUGCAUCUCAGAAACAGGAACAGUUCAAGCUAGACCGGGAAGGGGGGCUGAAUAGUGUGCGUUACCAUCUUGAUUCUCGUACCCUGGUGUCAGUUGCUGGAGCACCCUGCACAGUUCUCAACAUUGCUCUGGACUGUGAUGCAGCUGAUACACCCUGGUGUACAUUCGACUGAGGAGAACAUGGCUGGCAUCAUCUCAGUCUGUUUGGCUGGGAUCUGACCCCAGGAGAGCAUUGUUACUGCUGGAGUGAGGCCUUCCGUGAGCAGGCCUGAAGCUAAGGUAUGCUUAGGAUCCAGCACCCGGGUAGAUGCGGCCUGACCUCAAGUGACAAGAGGAGAUCUGAGCCAGCCUGGCCAAGCUACAUAGCUGUGCUUCUUCUGGAGACUGAUGCAGUCUGAUAUAAAGGUCCAUAAGUUCUUUUGGAUCAAAGUUGUUAUCCCUGCCCUAUGGGCAGUAAAGAGAGACUGGAGGUUGGAAAGAGGUGGGGCUGCAGACUCUUUGAUUCUUUGGUUCAUGGGCUGAAUAUAUUUGGUCUGCUUCCCCAGCAGGAGGCUCUUAUUGUCUGCCUUUUGGCCUCUUCUGCCCUUGUUCCCAGUACAGCUACUUGCACAUGUUAGGUGCUUAAUAAACAUUUGAGUUUGGGAUUUUCAGCCUCAUUUUCCUAUUAACUCAGUGAUCCUUCUGCUGGAACUAUUCACAGGCAAUCCUUGACUCUGUACUACUGCUUGGUUCUGGGAGACCCUUCUUGGGUCAUCCAUGGUGAGAAGCCAGACUAAGGGAGGGGUUUAGGUUACCAGGAUCAGGGUAUCCUCUCAAGUCAACCUGGCCUUCACUCCAUAUCUUUGGGCCUGGGAUGAAGCUUCCAAAGACAUCCUGAAGAUACACCCGAGGGACGGAGUCAGAUGAAUAGUGCUUAUCUCUUUCAGGGUGUAAUCUUCUUAAGAUGGGAUGGUAGACUGGAGUUGGUGUCUGGGCUUUUUCUUUUUUUAAUACUGUGUCUUGGUUCCAAGACAGAAGAGCAGUAAGGGUGCCCAGGGUGACACAGCUAAUGAGUGUCUUGAGAUCAGAUUUGAACCCAGGACUUAUGGUUUCCAGGCCUGGCUCUCUAUCCACUGAGGAAAUUUCUUAAGAAAGAGGACAGUUGACUGGCAACCCAGAUGGCACAUCCUUCUUCAGCCUUCUUCCUGGGUCAACUUGAACUGUUUUGUUCCUAGAGAGAAAGAAGAAUUGUCAAACUCUUAACUUGAUUUCUGGGGUCAGAAAACCCUGUCCAGGAGAUUUCCAGGGUUUUAAGUGGAAUGAGAUCUUGGUACCCACUAAGGUCCCAGCUACCAUGCAUGCUUAGAUUAAUUUGAGUGAGUGCCAUUUAAUAGCUGUUGGAGCCUGGGCAAAUCACUUAACCUCUCCAAAACUCGGUUUUCUCGUCUGUGAAAUGAGAAUGAUAAUACUUGCUCUUGCCUACCUCACAAGAUUUUUGUGGAAAAAAAGUACUUUAUUAAAUCUUAAAGAAUAGUUAUUAUUAUGUAGAUCUUGUCUGUUUUGUACUUUGAAAGACUUCUAUACUACAUUCUCAGCAUUAGUUAGCAUGUGAAUAACAGAGUAGUUUUACCCCGUAGAAGUGGGGGGACUAAGGCUCAGGGCAGAAGUGGAUUGCCCUGGACCCUAUACUCAGGUCAUCAAGUAGCAUUUAUCAAUCAGUUUGUGAUGGAUACAAAAAAUAGAAAACGGUAUCUCUACCCUCAAGGUGCUUAUCAUCUCCUCCCGGAAACCAGGCUAACACACUAAAUAGUUGAGUCACAGCCUCAGGCAGAAUAUGGACAUGUGCUUGGGAGUGGGGUAAACAUAAGGAAAUGAUAUAGAAUAUCAGUAAGAAGGGGGGCUAGUAUGGACCAAAAUAGCUGGUCAGUAGCGCACCAUGGAGGAGGUAGAACUGGAAGGACGAGAAAUUCAAUCCCAUACAACUGAGUAAUUUAAGGCCCUUGAGGCAGGAUACACAAAUGGACUUCUGGCUUGCUCUCAAGGAGUUUCAUAGUUUAGUGGUCUUGUAAGACAUGGACACUCAUAAUAAUAAUAAUCAUUAACACUUAUAUAGCACUUGCUAUAUACCAGGCACAUUCUAAGCACUUACAGUUAUUAUUUAAUUUAACCCUAACAACUGCCUUGGGAGAUAGGUGUUAUUUUUUUCCUCAGUUUACAGAUGAGGAAACUAAGACAAGCAGAUUUUAAGUGAUUUGCCCCAGGUCACACAGCUAGUAAGUAUCUGAUACUAAAAUGGUAAUACAAAAGAAGAGAGCAUUCUAAGGUAGAGGGAAGGCUGAGUGGGAGCAGAAGUACAGGGACAGGAAUGAGCAUGAGGGAUACAUUUGUGGGACAGUAAGGAGACUCUCCCUGUUAGGGAAGAGAAUCACUUCAAGGACUGGAGAAUGAAUCUGGCAGUAGAAGAGGUGCCUGAAUGUAGGGAAACCUAUCAAGAGACUCUUGCAGGUAUGGUGAUCAAUUCUGAACUAGAGUGGAGGCCUUAGGUGUGGAAAGGAGGAAGUAGCACUGAGAGACAGCUUAAGUUAAAACUGGACAGGACUCAAGGGCAGAUUUGGAUUUUGAAGGAGAAAGAAAACAAGUCAGAUAACUAAAGCUAUGCCUGGGGAGGUUGCAUUUGAGAGUCAGAAGAGAGGCACUGAAGAAGAAAAGAGGACCCCUAGGAGUUCAAGAGAGAGAAGGAGAGAGCUAUGUCAUGAAAGCCAAUGAAGCAAAAAAGGGGAGCUGGUCAGAGGUGUCAGAUGCUGUAGAAUGUUCAAGGAGUCUAAAGACUGAGAAAAGGCCACUGGACUUGGCCAUCUGGGAGGUCAUAAACAGUUACAGGUGAGUAGUGGAGGUAGACAUAGAUCAAAGGUAACCAAGGAAGAAAUAGAGAAGAAGUGGAGGUGGUGGAAUUAAAUCACUUACACAAAAAAGUUUAGCAGCAAAAUAAAUGAGAUGGGAUUAUAGCUUGAACAGCCUAGUGUUUUUUUUUUAAAAGGUAGAACAGAUACACAUUUUUUUAAGCCUUUAUUUUCUGUCUUAGAAGCAGAAGAGUGGUAAAAGGCUAGGCAGUUGGGUUUAAAUGACUUGUCUAGGGCCAUACAGCUAGGAAAUGGCUGAGACUAGAAGGCAGGCCCUCCCAACUCUAGGCUUGGCUCUCUAUCUACUGAGCUUCCUAGCUUCCCCUGCAUUUAAAAAAAAUUUAAUUCCUACCCACCUACCCAAUUACAUGUAAGAACGGUUUCAACAUUUUUCAAAUGCAGAGUCAUGAACUCUCACCCUCUCUCCUUUCCCUUGGGAAGAUGAGCAAUUUCAUAGAUUUUAAAUGUACAAUCAUGUACAACAUUUCCCCAUUUUAAUCCUUUUGUGGAAGGAAACUAAAAUAAAAUAAGAAAGAAAAUGAAAAAGAUUUUCUUUGUUCUGGAUUCAGAUUCUGUCAGUUCUUUUUCUCUGAAAGCAGAUGGCAGUUUUUUUUUUUUAUCAUGAAUCCUUUGUGAUAGUUUUAGUUCAUUGUAUUGUUGAGAAAAUUAUUUCACUCUGUUUCAGCUCAUGUAAAUCUUUUCAGGUUUUUCUAAGCUCCUCUUGCUUAUCGUUUCUUAAAGCACAAUAGUAUUCCAUUACAAUCAUAUACUAUAACUCACUCAACCAUUCCCCAAUUGAUGAGUAUCCUUUCACUUUACAAUUCUUUGCUCCCACAAAAGAGCUAAAUAUUAAAUACUUUUGUAUAUAUAAGUCCUUCUGCUUUUUGUUUUUAAUCUAUCUAGGAUACAAGCGUGCUGGGAAUUGCUCUCCUGAAUGAUUAAACCAGUUCACAAAUACCCCCCAACAGUGCAUUUGUGUCUGUUUUUUUCCCCAUAUCCCUUACAAGUUUUGUCAUUUUCCUUUUCUGUCAUUAUAGUCAAUCUGAUAGAUGUGAGAUGGUACCUCAGAGUUGUUUUAAUUUUCAUUUCUCUAAUUAAUGGUGAUUCAGAGUAUUUUUCGCAUGAAUAAAGAGAGCUUUAAUUACUUUGAGAA